AUGCCUUCUCGAAAAGCCUCGUGUUGCUUGCUGCUCCUCUUCCUGGCCGUCAGCACGUUUGCAAUGCCCAUAAAACGAAGGCGAAUUCCGUCAGUCAGCGCUGCCGAAGAACUAGCUCCAAAACCGAUCGAGCAAGCCAGCCGAGCUUUCGAGACGCUCUUAUCUCCAGCAUCGACGGAGGAAUCGCGUCUUUAUCAGACUCCUCCAGCCAACGUGGUGCCGCCGCGAAAUCAAGAAGGCUCGACCAGGCAACAGUUGGACUUGGCAUUGCCGCCCACCAAUCACAGACGAGUUCGUGAUCCUAUUGACAAGUCUCGUUCUGUUUAG